CAAGCAUAUGCUAUCAAGAGAUUGAAUUAUGUUGUGUCCUCUCUAACGUUACGUAACCAGAAGUAAAAAGGGAACUUGUGUGUCGGUACAACGAAGAACCGUAUUCAAAUCGAAUUGCUCUAUGUGAUAACUAGCAAAGCAGUAUUUGAUAUCUCGAUAAACGCUAUAGGAAGAAGUUAAAUAUUGCGCCGGUGUACACGGUAAUAGUGGGGAGAAUAGAGAACGGAAUCGGCUUUGAGUAGAGUAAGGUCGAGGAGAAGGGGAACGGCGCGCCACGAAUCCGUCAGUCGCGCUCAAGAUUCCGAGAUAGGAGGUCUAUUUCAUUGCUUCGUAUUAUCUCAUCGUCGUUGUCGUCGUUCGAAACGUCAUUGCCAUUGUGAAUCGUGUUGCUUAUUACAUUCUUCCUUAAAGACAUUUCUCAAAUAAAUAAAAACUUCGACCUUCUACACGUGCUAUUUUUUCUAAAGAAAGAAAAAAGUUUCGAAGGUCGGCGGUCCGACGCGCGACGAUUACGCGAUCUCGCGGCCAAUUUUCGUGCCAUGCGUGGCAAGAAGAGCUACGAGAAAACAUUAUUUCUUACAAGAACUAUCUUUUUUUAAAUCUUUUCGUUUGUCAUUACUUGCCUAAACAAGAUAAGACAGUCUUACCGUUACAUUAUCCAUUUCCUUGAAUUGAAGAAACAAAAACUGCUCGGACUCUCAGGACAGGUUAAAAAGGAUUAAGAAGAUUACCUGUUGCGGUACUAAGUAUAUUGAGGCGAGAACGACGAAGAGAAACUAGAAAGAGAGGAUAGAGAAACGUACUUAAAUGUUUCGAGGAAAAAUUAGAAAGUGGUGGAAAAUCUUCGACGAUUCUUAAAUGGAAAUGCAUACCGAAGAUCGAUCCGAAUUUAUUCACCAAUGACACAUUUGCCGGUGAUGAGGUGACGAUCGAUUCGGUGACAAGUUUCGACCCAAAUCGAUCGAGGAUGGCUAAAAGUACUGAAAGAUUACCUGGUACUUCUUCCAGAUUAAGAACUAGAGACGACGGAUGCUGUUCGGUCAAUUUUCUUAAAUAUGUUUUACAUAUUUACAAUGUCGUCUUAUUUUUAUCCGGAUUUGUGGUGGGCGGUAUUGGCAUUUGGACGGUCGUCUCGAAGCACAGUUACAUAUCUCUCAUGACAACGUCGACAUAUCCAAGUCUCGCUUAUGCCCUCAUUGUCGCAGGUAUUUUGGCUGUUGUUGGAAGCUGGUUAGGAUGUGGUGGGGUUACCACAGAAAACAGAUGCGUUCUUCUAAUUUAUGUUUUCAUCGUGAUGGCAGUCCUCGUAUUAGAGGCAGGAGUAGGCGCAUUGGCACGUCUCUACGAAGAACAAGUAGGUCCAGAAUUGAAGAUGAAUCUCAAUCGAACCUUCCUUGAGAAUUAUUCCAUAAGAUCGAGAGAAACUGCUGCAAUCGAUCAAAUGCAAAAAGAAUUUAAAUGUUGCGGUGCUCUUCGGUUUGAGGAUUGGUUGGUCAGUGAAUGGCACAAGGACGAAGAAGUUCUUAAAAAUGGAAGCCUCGUGCCUGAUAGUUGUUGCAAAACACCGACAGUACUUUGCGGGAGGAGAGAUCAUCCGUCUAACAUUCAAUAUACGGGAUGCAUUUACAAGUUUCUUGAGACGACCAAGGAUCAUCUGAUCAUUCUUGGUGCCGUCGGUCUUGGUCUAUCCGUCCUUGAACUUUUUGGUAUAGUUCUUGGUUCGUGCCUCUAUAUCAAACUCAGACACGAUUUCGAUGAUUGACAAUGACAUUUUUCACGAAGACAACAAUUCUGACGACUAAGAGAAAUGACAAAAAAAAAAAAGAAUUAAAAAAAAAAUAAUACAUACAUACAAAACGAAAUUAAUUGACACUUCGCUUUCAAACUUUUCGAAAUUAUUUAUUUGGACCAAUUGAUCUUCGAUCAUCGAUCCUUUCUGCUCAAAUUUGUUAGCAAUUACACUUAGAAUUUAAAAAAGUUUUUGUACGACCAAUAUGAUAGUUGAAUAGAAAAAGAGAUAGAAAAAAAGAGAAAUUUGUUUAUUUUUGUUUAUUUAAUUUUAUUACUAUUAUUAUUAUUAUUAUUAUUAUUAUUAUUAUUAUUAUUAUUAUUGUUAUUAUUAUUAUUAUUAUUAUUAUUAUAGUACUUUGAGCAGAAGGAAUGAAUAAACUCGCUGUAACCAUAACUGCCUAUCGGAUCGUCCAAUCUAUGAAACUCUUAGUUGAAUUUAUAAAACUUUUUUCUACUUUACAUGUUUUUACAUGUCUGUUAUUCAAAAUCGUUCACAUUUCUAUAUCGUCAAAAGAAAAAAUAAGAAAAUAAAAAUUCGUGAAAUAUC